CUUACAUUUGCACUUCACUUUCCCGGACUCUCGCUGCCUGAGUCUACAGCACGUGAUGCUGGUGAACAUGAAUCCUCUUUCUCUGCUCUUUAUAGUCCUCAUAGCAGGAGUUUAUGGUCAGUAUGGUUUUGGUGUGAGUUACAGCUCUUUACACAUCUGUGCACUAAUGGACUCAACAGUGACAAUGAGCUGCACAUAUAGAUAUCCUUCUUUAAGUUCUGUUAUAACUGCAUUCUGGACUAAAACACGAGUUAAAGAAGAGAAUGAGGAGUUUCCAGAUCUGACUGUGGACCCUGAGUACCAUCAGCGGCUUCAGUAUCUGGGAGAUAAACAGCGGAAUUGCAACCUCAGAUUGAGUCACGUGACGAAAAAAGAUGAACGAGAGUAUUAUUGCAGAUUCACUACUGAAAUAGCUGCUAAUAAAUGGAUUGGCAUUCCAGGAGUGAAUCUCUCUGUCACAGAUCUUCAGCUGGAGUCUCCUGAGAGAGUGACAGAGGGAGAUUCAGUCCAUCUGACAUGUAAAAGCAGCUGUAAACUGACUGACACACCAACAUUCAUCUGGUACAGAAACUCAAAGCCAGUAAUUAUGAGUAUUCUAAAUAUACUCUUCUUUGGCUCAAUCAGUAGAGACCAUGCAGGCAACUAUAGAUGUGGUGUGCAGGGAAACAAUUACAUCUCCCCUGCUGUUUAUCUCAAUGUCAGAUAUGCUCCAGAUACUCCUGUGAUCUCCAUCAGUGGACCUGCUGUAAUAAUGGAGGGAGAUUCAGUGAGUCUGAACUGCAGCAGUGACUCAAACCCUCCUGCAGAAAUCUACUGGUAUAAAGGAAAUACAUAUCUGAUUUCUGGAAGAAUCUUCAACUUCUCAAAGGUCAGCUCUGAUGACAGUGGAGAAUACAAGUGUAGAGCCACAAAUGACCAUGGAGGGAAAUACUCUGAUCCUGUGACUUUAAAUGUCAAGUACCCACCCAGGAGCAUCUCAGUGUCCGUCACUGAUUCUGGUCCACUUUGGUCUGAUUCAGUGAGUCUGAGCUGCAUCAGUGACUCAAACCCUCCUGCUCUGAACUUCAGCUGGUUUAAGGAGAAUCAAAGCUCAGCUGUUGGAUCUGGACAGAGUUUCAGUGCAGUACAGAGUGGACGCUUCUACUGUGAGGCUCACAAUCCACAUGGAGCUCAGAGAUCAGACGCCGUCACUGUCACUGUACGUCACAGUUGGCAUGUCUGGAUGGGCAUCACACUGGCAUUCACAGGAUUAUUACUCAUCAUCCUUAUUAUUGUGUUCAUAAUCAGGAGAAAACAGAAAGCUCCAAGAGCUGAGGACGUCAAUGCAAAACAGGAUGAUCUGUAUUCCAGCAUAACAGAGAGCGGUGUUCGUGUUUCUCAAUCAGCCAAUUGUGCUAAUGCUAUGUAUGCUAGCGUUUCAUCCAGCAAAACCGGAAGAGAUGAUAAUACUGAGAUCCAGUACGCAACUGUCCAGAUUUACAAAAAGAAACCAAAGAAGAGAACAGAAGAGAACGAAUGUCACUAUGACAAUAUCGGGAUUCACCAGCCGGAUGCUGCAGUGAGGCAGUCAAAUGUGGAGACUGUGGAAGAGGUUUCAGUGAUCUACAGCCGCGUCAGAUGACUGUCACACUGUGUGAAUAUAAACAAAUAUUAAUUAAACAUUUUGAUUCAAAGUGUGGCUUUAUAAUUUAGCAUGCAAUUUAACAAUUCCUGCCAUAUUAUUCAGCAAGGUGAACUGAUUGGCAGAAAAUAUAAUAGCCAACAAUGUUGCUGUUAAAGACUAAAAGAACUUUCGCAAUGUCAUUGGGUCCAUUAUGUUAAAGUGUUUGUAUAUUUGUGUUUGUAAAACAUUUGUUAAUGUUUUUAAAUGUCUGUUUCAAAGGUUUCUGUCACCAAAUAAACCAAGCUUA